AGCCUGCUCGUGCGCGCGCGCCCCCUUUCUGGUCCCCCUCCCCUUCGGGUGAGCGUCUCUCUCUCUCGGUGAGGCGAGCAGGAGGCCCCGCAGGCCCCCCGACGCCCCGCGUUGCCCAUGCAGGAGACCGAGGAGAGCCUGGCGGCGGCCGCGAACACCCUCUCCGCCGAAGAGUCCGAGGAGCCCGGAGGCGGCGAGGCCGGAGGAGGGGACUCGGAGGCAGCCGGGCAGCUGGACGGGCCCGCGGCUGAGGAGGAGCAGGAGGAGCAGCUUGAGGCGAAGCCCGGCGCGGAACCUGAGGCGAAGCCCGGCGCGGAGGAGCCCCCUCAGCAGCCCCCGAAGGACGAGGAGAAGGAGGAGGAGGAGAAGGAGCCGGACGAGGGCGAGGAUCGGCCGUCGUCUUCUUCGCCCGUCUCCGCCCCGUCGUCUGGGCCUCCAUCGCCUCAGCAGGAGCCGCCGCCUGUAGCAGCCGCUGAGGAGACGCCAGCCGAAAAGGAGCCGAAGAGUCCCGAGGAGAAAGAGCAGGAGGAGGAGGAGGAGGAGGAAGAAGAAGAAGAGAAGGAGGCAGCGGAGGAGACGACGACCGAGGAGAAGGAGGAGGAGAAGCCUGAAGGGGAGCCAGAGGAGUCUGAGCGGGAGCAGCAGGAGGAGGAGGAGGAGGAUGACAUCUCCUUCAGCGACCCCGAGGACUUCGUGGACGAUGUCGACGAGGAAGAAUUACUUGGAGAUAUUCUUCAGGAGCGUCCACAGGAGGCAGAUGGAAUUGAUUCAGUGAUUGUGGUGGACAAUGUCCCCCAAGUUGGUCCAGAUCGUCUUGAGAAACUAAAGAAUGUUAUCCAUAAGAUUUUCUCUAAGUUUGGGAAAAUUACCAAUGAAUUUUACCCAGAAGCUGAUGGGCAGACCAAAGGGUAUAUUUUCCUGGAGUACAUGUCUCCAACACAUGCUGUGGAUGCUAUUAAAAAUGCAGAUGGGUACAAGCUGGACAAGCAGCACACUUUCAGGGUCAAUCUUUUCACUGACUUUGACAAAUACAUGACAAUCAGUGAUGAGUGGGAAAUUCCAGAAAAACAACCUUUUAAAGACCUGGGAAAUUUGCGCUAUUGGUUGGAGGACCCAGACUGUAGAGAUCAGUACAGCGUGAUCUUUGAAUCAGGAGACAGAACCACUAUUUAUUGGAAUGAUGUUAAGGAGCCUGUCACAAUUGAGGAGAGAGCUCGAUGGACAGAAACCUAUGUGCGCUGGUCUCCGAAGGGUACUUAUCUGGCUACAUUCCAUCAGAGGGGCAUUGCCCUGUGGGGCGGAGAGAAAUUCAAACAGAUUCAGAGGUUCAGCCACCAGGGGGUGCAGCUCAUUGACUUCUCGCCUUGUGAAAGGUAUCUGGUGACCUUCAGCCCUCUAAUGGACACACAGGAUGACCCUCAAGCAAUCAUUAUCUGGGAUAUCCUAACUGGACAGAAGAAACGAGGAUUCCACUGUGAAAGUUCAGCCCAUUGGCCCAUUUUUAAGUGGAGUCAUGAUGGUAAAUUCUUUGCUCGAAUGACAUCGGACACUCUUAGCAUCUAUGAAACACCUUCAAUGGGUCUGCUGGACAAGAAGAGUUUGAAAAUCACAGGGAUCAAAGACUUUUCGUGGUCUCCAGGUGGCAACAUAAUUGCCUUUUGGGUGCCUGAAGACAAGGAUAUCCCAGCCAGGGUGACAUUGAUGCAGCUGCCCUCCAGACAGGAAAUCAGAGUGCGGAAUCUGUUCAAUGUGGUUGACUGCAAGCUACAUUGGCAGAAGAAUGGGGACUAUUUGUGUGUGAAGGUAGACAGGACUCCCAAAGGCACACAGGGUGUAGUGACCAACUUUGAAAUCUUCCGCAUGAGAGAGAAGCAGGUUCCAGUUGAUGUAGUCGAAAUGAAAGAAAGCAUCAUAGCAUUUGCUUGGGAGCCAAAUGGAAGCAAGUUUGCUGUGUUACAUGGAGAGACACCUCGGAUCUCCUGCUCCUUCUACCAUGUGAAAAGCAAUGGGAAGAUCGAGCUUAUUAAAAUAUUUGACAAGCAACAGGCAAACACGAUAUUCUGGAGUCCUCAAGGACAGUUUGUGGUGUUGGCUGGUCUCAGGAGCAUGAAUGGUGCCUUAGCAUUUGUUGAUACAUCAGACUGCACCAUGAUGAACAUUGCUGAGCACUACACAGCCUCAGAUGUGGAAUGGGAUCCAACAGGCCGCUUUGUGGUGACUUCUGUGUCUUGGUGGAGUCACAAGGUGGACAAUGCCUACUGGUUGUGGACAUUCCAGGGUCGUCUUCUCCAGAAGAAUAACAAAGAUCGGUUCUGCCAAAUACUCUGGAGGCCCAGGCCACCCACAUUGCUCACCCAGGAUCAAAUAAAGCAAAUCAAGAAAGAUCUGAAGAGAUAUUCCAAAAUUUUUGAACAGAAAGACCGUCUGAGCCAAUCUAAAGCUUCAAAGGAACUGGUAGACAGACGGCGGACAAUGAUGGAAGAGUUCAAGAAAUACCGCAAGAUGGCCCAGGAGCUAUACAUGGAGCAAAGAACUGAGCGGUUGGAGCUUCGAGGAGGAGUGGACACAGACGAGCUGGAUAGCAAUGUGGAUGACUGGGAGGAGGAGACUGUUGAAUUUUUUAUCAAUGAAGAAAUUAUUGCAGUUACAGAAUCAGAGUAAUCCGGAAGCCGUGCACCACCAUAUCUUGUACCAAGAAGGGAUUUGCUCGUUUUCAGAAGGUCUACACAACUUUGGAAUUUUUAAAAUCCAUAUUCUUUCUAUGGACGGUGAAUGCACUGGAUUUGUUCAUUCUGACACAUUGUAGUGCCUUCUAGUCCCCACUGCCUACAGCGGGGUCAUUUGAAAGGCGCUGCUUUUAAAUUUUUAUUCCUUUAUUGGAGGAGGGUUUAGUUUAAUUUUUUAAAAACCUACCACCAGUAUUUGCUGCUUGACGCUCCAGCAGUGCUCCCUCGUGGGCAGCUUGGGACGGUUGUCUUUCUGAGCAUAGCCUUGGUGCACCUUCCAGUGUCUUGCUGCAAACGCACGAUGCUUUCGUUUGCUGAGGAAUGUUCCUGUGUCCCGAGCGUCCAGGUGGGUGUUGGCUUUUUGCAGGGAAACAUCAGCCAAAGAACAGUUCUUCACGCGAUGCGCUUUAGUGUGCUGAAGCAGCACUACAGUGGGCUUUACCCUCCUCCAUUCAGAUUGUGACAGGAUCUCUCCAUGGGUUGAACAUUGGAAAUAAAGCAGACCUAUAUGCUUAACAAAGGCGGCUGUCUGUGUUGUCUUCAAAGUGGUUUGAAAUGGGCUGGUAGCAAGAACCUCUUGCUGUCUGCAAAUUAAUUGGCAUUCAUGUGAUUUCAUUUCCCUUUUCCUUCAUGCCCAAAUGCCAAUCCCUGGGUUAUACUUAAUGGCAAGGUGUAUAUAACAUAUGGCACUAGCAAAAUCCAAUGCAACAGAGAUUCUGUUUGCAAACUUGGCUUGUGUCUGAGUGGGAGGCUCUCACAAAGUGCCAUUGAACAAAUGAAGGAGUGCAUGUAUUCAUUGCCUGAUGUGCAGUCUGCGUUGCUGACAGAUGGAAGUGAUACCUACAGCUGCUGGAUCAGCUCUAUCGAAGCAAAGUUCUUGUAGCAGAAUUGUGAAAAUGGGAGCUCUUAAGGCAGACAAUUGAACGUCUCCCAUCAAAAUGAGCUUCUUCCAUAGAGUUGACCUUACAAGUACCCAAGAAAAGGAAAAAACUCAAAAAGUUUCAUUUCUCAGCAAUAGGCCCAUGAAAGGAUGUGGUUUCAACUGCCUCCUAUUUAGCCCAGUUUUGAUACUGCGUAUCACCAAAGCUUUGAGUAUAAGCUACGAAAUAUUUAAUGUGUGUGUCUCCUUUUUGGUAAUUGACUUGGUUAUUUUUUCAGACCAAAUAAAAGUAGAAAAAUAAUUGCAUAAUGUUAGAAACCUAGAUGAUGCUUGUUAUUGGACCUGUAAUGGGAGCAAACUUUGGAGUUGCACAGAUUCCAAUGUCUGUGUUAUAUGCCACUAGUAAGUCCAAUAAAAGGUAUUCACUUAAUACCAUUGGACCCUAUCCUUGUCCAUUCUUCUCAACAUUCAGUAAUAAAGAGUACGUUAAGCUGGCUUCAAUACAGCAGCACAUUAUAUAGAAGGUGUUCUGGACUUUUAACAGAAAACAGGCCAUUCUACACUUGCUUUCAUUUGACCUACUGACUGCUCCAAUGCAUGUCAUGAGCGGAAUGUAAAAUGUAAAUAAUAAUAAAAACAAUAAUUAAUAAUGAUGCACACUCAGAGGUUUUCCUCUAGCAGCAGUAGUCCUGGGACCAAUCUAACUGUCCAGAAAAAGCUUAUGACGCAACCUUCCUGGGAUUGUCCAAUUUCAGAAUGGCGGUCGAAGGACUGUAUCUUUGAAUGUGUAUCAGAAAGUCCCUGUAACUUAGGAAGCUAUUAUGUCAGAGUGAAUAGUUCUUGUCUACCUUUCUGCUAUGCUAGUCGUCUACAUUUGAGCUAUUUCGUGGGGGAGAGGAGAAAGUAUUCAACCCUGUGAUUUCUCCCAUCUACACUCUGAAGUAUAAUUUUUCCAUAGUGGCUGCAGCACUUGCCUUAUCUGUAUGUGUAGAUUGGCUCUUGAGAGAUACCAUUUUAAAAUCAGUAGGUGGAACAAUGCCAAACAAUGAUUAAACCUUUAGACAACGUACAGAAGACAAAUGCUUCAUUACUCAUGGGAGAAGUCUCUAGGAUGCAAGUGACUGGUUCACGAUCACCCCUCAAUCUACCACAUCUCGGCCAUGCACCCUUGAUGCAUUGUUUCCCUUCCAAAGAAUCUGCCUUUCUCUUAAAGUGUUUGCCUUAGUGAUGCAGGGGUUUAGGGCUACUAUCGCUCUUGUGAUGAGAGGUAGGUAGGGUGGUCAUGCUGAGAACCUAGAAACCAGCUCCACAUCAUGAGGGCCAGUUCUGCUCUGUUUGCAUUCUUGUGUCUAAAUAGAUUUUGUCACAGGAAUGAUCUCUGGUUAAUUCCUUGGAGAAAAAUUAUAAGUCUUUAUAUACAAACUAUGUCUUCCAUAAAGAUCAUAAUGCACAUAGCUAUUCCCCUUCCUACAUAUCACGUAAUUUCUCAUUGCUUGUUACUUAGUGAAGCUUUGUGUGUGUUUUUAAUGUUUACUGACCUUAACCAAUAUUUGUAGCAUUAUUUGUUUUUUAAUACCUUUCACCUGUCAAAGCAGUUCACAUUUAUUCAGCUGCAGGAUCCACCUUACUAAAAAGAGCAGUAUUUACACUCGUUUUGUAAUAUCUUUGACAAAAUAAAAUUUCCUUCUGCAAUGGA